AAAGAUGAUCGUAUUGUGUUCUGGACUUGGAUGUUUUCAACGUAUUUUAUGGAGAAAUGGGCCCCCCGGCAAGACGAUAUGCUCUUCUAUGUCCGUCGAAAACUGUCCUAUGUCAGUGGUGAUAGUACAGAAGGGAAGAAGCAGAUUGAAGUUGAAGUUUACCGGAGAGAUUCUAAGAAACUUCCUGGCCUGGGAGACCCUGACAUUGACUGGGAAGAGAGUGUCUACCUGAACCUCAUCCUACAGAAGCUGGAUUAUGUGGUGACAUGUGCUGUGUGCACACGCUCUGAUGGAGGAGAUAUUCACAUUCACAAAAAGAAAUCUCAGCAAGUGUUUGCAUCUCCUAGCAAACACCCAAUGGACAGCAAAGGAGAGGAGUCAAAGAUCAGCUAUCCCAACAUAUUCUUCAUGAUUGACAGUUUUGAAGAGGUUUUCAGUGACAUGACUGUGGGAGAAGGAGAAAUGGUCUGUGUAGAGCUGGUGGCCAGUGACAAAAGCAACACCUUCCAAGGGGUGAUUUUUCAGGGGUCCAUCCGCUAUGAAGCACUCAAGAAGGUCUAUGACAACAGGGUGAGCGUUGCAGCUAAGAUGGCUCAGAGAAUGUCUUUCGGCUUUUAUAAAUACAGCAACAUGGAGUUUGUCCGAAUGAAAGGGCCACAAGGGAAAGGACAUGCAGAGAUGGCAGUGAGCAGAGUUUCCACUGGUGACACUUCACCAUAUGGGACAGAAGAAGAUUCAAACCCAGAAUCCCCACUGCAUGAGAGAGUCACUUCUUUCAGCACACCACCAACCCCAGAACGCAACAAUCGCCCAUCCUUUUUCUCCCCAUCCCUCAAGAGAAAAGUGCCCCGAAAUCGAAUUGCUGAAAUGAAAAAAUCCCACUCAGCAAAUGACAGUGAGGAGUUCUUCAGAGAUGAUGAUGGUGGAGAUCUGCACAACGCGACAAACCUGCGGUCGCGGUCCUUGUCUGGAACAGGACGAUCUCUGGUGGGCUCGUGGCUGAAGCUGAACAGAACAGAUGAAAACUUUCUACUCUAUGCACACUUAACUUACAUCACUUUGCCAUUGCAUCGAAUUUUAACAGAUAUCCUGGAAGUGCGGCAGAAACCAAUUCUGAUGACAUAGCAGAGAGCGGGCACUGCCUUGGAGCCUUGUUGCCAAGUGCCUAACCACAGCGGUUUUCUGUGUUAACACUACCAUCUAGUGUCAGGAACAUAAACCUCCGCAGGAAAAAAGGGAAGUCCGAGAAUACCAGCCGAUCAAAAGUGCCUCUUUCUUCCUUCCUCUGCUGUCACGCACCGUAUGCACACGUGCAGUACAUGGCUCGAGUGUUGCUGCCUGCAAGAGGACUUUCAUCAAGAUCAAACGAGAAGGGGCAGUGUUUAAAACAAGUCAAUGCUUUAUG